AUGAAGAAGGGAAAGCAGGUGGGUGAGGAGGACGUUGAGCCGCCCAGUUAUCAGGAGGUGACUGCAGGCUACAAUGAGAUGGAGGCCCAGUUCACCUGGGACGACAAGACCAUCAGGAGGACCUUCAUCAGGAAGGUCUACGCCAUCCUCAUGGUUCAGCUGUUUGUGACGGUGGCCAUUGUCAGUCUAUUCUCAUUUUGCGCACCUGUGAGGUAUUUCAUCCAGACUCAUCCAGGCUUGUACAUGGCGUCCUAUCUCGUGUUUUUUGCCACCUACAUUGCACUGUCCUGCUGUGGAGACCUGAGGAGGCAGUUUCCUUGGAAUAUCAUUUUGCUAGUUCUCUUUACUUUGAGCAUGGCCAGCAUGAUGGGAUUUAUGUCGAGCUUUUACAACACUAAAUCAGUGGUUCUGUGUAUGGGAAUCACAUCUCUGGUGUGUCUCUCCGUCACCAUGUUCAGCUUCCAGACCAAGAUUGACGUCACCUCCUACCAUGGCGUCCUGUUUUCUCUGUGCAUAGUCAUGCUUCUCUGUUCCAUCACCCUUUCCAUUGUCAUACCUUUUGGAUAUGUUCCCUGGUUACAUGCCUUGUAUGCUGUUGGUGGAGCCAUCCUCUUUACUUUGUUCCUGGCAUUUGACACACAGUUGCUGCUGGGGAACAAGCGCUACUCUAUAAGUCCAGAGGAAUAUGUUUUCGCCACCCUCAGCCUCUACCUGGACAUCAUCUACAUGUUCAGCUUCCUGCUACAGAUCUUUGGAGGAGGCCGCAGGUGAAGCAGUUCUCCUCCCUUACAUAAUGUAAUCUUUCCACCAGCUCAACAACCAAUUCAGCCAUUUAUAACUCUCCUCAAGAAAAUGACAUCAGGGCUUUAUGGUUUAAUGAGGACACAAUCCUGCUGCUGGUUUUGUGGCUAUGCCCCGACGGCCUGGUACUUCACUGUACUCUGAUCUGCAUUUGUUAUUGCUCUACUGAGACCCCACACCCACAGUGAAUGUUAAAGGUCAGCUAUUGUGCAAAAUCCACUUUUUCAUGUCUUGUAUACAUACAAUUGUGUCCCCUCUGUGUAAAGACAUUCUGAAAGUUUCAGGAAAAAAGAUUUCUCUCACGUUUUCUCCUGUAUCCAUUUAUAUAAAAACCUGUCUGAAAAUGAGCUGAUCAGAUGUUGGCCACUUUAUGAUGUCAUAACGUUGU